AUCACUCAGUCAGGUACUGGGUACAGAGGCCAGCACGCAUCCAAUACUUAUAAAUUAUAUACAAAGUCUUUGCAUGUACAACGCCAUCUGUUAGCCAGUAUAGAGAGAGGCAAUGUUGACGCAAGUGUAGUUGAAAAGCCAGACAACAGAUGGCAAUGAAUGUGAUGUUAUAGGCAAGAGUGGGUGUGUUUCACCUCUUACUCUCGUGUUUACCUCUGGUCGGCCUUGUGUGUGUGACAUGUGUCGUCCCGCCGCCCCUCGCCGCUCAUAACGUCCCAGAUUGUGCCCGAGAGAAUGGAGAUGGCUGACAAGUUGAAGCUGCUGGGGCUGUCCGAGCAGAAGGUGAAGGAGACCCUGAAGAACGAGGCGCUCUCCGGGGUGCUGGCGACCAUCAGUGACCAGGCUCGUGGGAAAGGCGAUCUCAGCAAAAACACUGGGAAUUUGCUGUAUAACCUAGGUACGAAGCUUCCACGCCAGUUCCAUAAAAGUCUUCCAUUCUUAGUUAAUUAUGUGGCUGAUGGUCUUAUAAAUCAAGAAGCCAAGCUCACGGCAGCAAUUAAGUUUAUACAGGACCAUGCCAUGGGGAAUAUUGACAAGGAUGAGUUUGAGAAGGCAUGUGGUGUGGGGAUAGAGGUGUCCCAGGAUGAGAUUGAGUCGGCAGUUGAACUUGUGAUCAAGAAACAGCAGGAUAUUAUUCUAAAACAGAGAUAUCAGUACAACACGGGACCACUGAUGGGUCAAGUCCGAUCAUCUCUCCAGUGGGCUGACAGUCGGAAAGUUAAAGAAGAGAUUGAUCUCCAGAUUCUGACCCUUUUAGGUCCUAAGAGAGAGGAAGAUCUAAUCAAGCCAGUCAAAGCAAAAUGUGAGAAGAAAGAGAAGAAGGCCGAGGUGUGCACGGCAGCACCAGUGCAGCAGCCAGCUGAGAAACAACCUAUGACUAUGGCAGAAUUCCUAAAGACAGUCAAUUUCCAUGCUCCUGGAGAGAAUCACAAGACGGAAGGUUACGUCAUAACUGAGAACACCCACAGACUCUUAAAAGAGCAUCUGGGGAUUACUGGUGGACAGGUUCGCACCCGCUUUCCUCCAGAGCCUAAUGGAAUUCUGCACAUAGGCCAUGCAAAAGCUAUCAAUAUUAACUUUGGGUAUGCAGCGGCCAACGAUGGUAUUUGCUUUCUCCGCUAUGAUGAUACAAACCCAGAAAAGGAAGAAGAAAAGUUCUUUGUGGGGAUCAGGGAGAUGGUAGAGUGGCUUGGUUACAAGCCACACAAGGUGACUCAUUCAUCUGACUACUUCUAUCAGUUGUACGAGUGGGCCAUUGUGCUCAUCAAGAACGGUUUAGCUUACGUAUGUCACCAGAAACCUGAAGAGGUGAGGGGACGUGAUGCCCCACCUUCUCCCUGGAGGGAGAGACCGGCUCGUGAAUCUCUCCAGUUGUUUGAGGACAUGAAGCAUGGUAAAUUUGAUGAAGGUGAAGCGACAUUGAGACUGAAAACUAUCUUGGAAGAAGGGAAAGCUGAUCCUGUGGCGUAUCGUAUUAAGUUCGUGCCACACCACUGUACGGGUGAUGAGUGGUGCAUAUACCCCACCUAUGACUACACCCAUUGUCUCUGUGACUCCAUUGAACAUAUUACUCACUCUCUCUGUACAAAAGAGUUUCAGGCAAGACGCUCGUCAUAUUACUGGCUGUGCAAUGCUCUGGACAUCUAUUGCCCUGUCCAGUGGGAAUAUGGACGCCUAAAUAUGUGCUAUACUGUUGUCUCAAAACGUAAAAUUGCCAAACUCAUAUCGGAAGGUUAUGUUCGAGACUGGGAUGAUCCCAGACUCUUCACCUUGACAGCUCUCCGUCGAAGAGGGUUUCCUUCAGAAGCAAUCAAUAACUUCUGUGCUACGCUAGGAUUAACCGGUGCUCAAAUUGUCAUUCAUCCUGAUGCCCUGGAAGCAUGUGUUCGUGAUGUUCUCAAUAUUUCUGCCCAUAGAGCUAUGGUUGUUCUGGAGCCCCUGAGAGUGGUCAUCACAAACUAUCCUAAAGAUGGCCCCAUCUCUAUAACCGUACCAAAUAUACCUGGCAAUGAUGCUAAGGGUACCCACACCGUAAUUUUUGACCGGGAACUUUGGAUUGAGCUUUCAGAUUUCAGAGAGGUGGAAGAAAGGGGUUACAGAAGGUUAACCCCACAACAGACUGUUGGACUAAGGCAUUGUGGAUACGUCAUAAAAGUGCAGGAAAUAGUCAAAGGAACGUCUGGUGAAGUGGACCACCUCAAGGUCACAUGUGAACCAGCAACCGAGUCAAACAAGCCAAAGGCAUUUAUCCACUGGGUGGCUCAUCCAGUCAAAUGCGAAGUGCGCCAGUACGAACGAUUAUUUAAACACGAGUUUCCGGAGGAUGUAUCUGUGGUUCCUGGUGGAUUCCUUACCGAUAUCAACAAGAACUCCCUCACUGUCUCGGUGGGAUUAGCAGACGUCUCUGUUAGAGGAGCCAAAGUGUACACCAAGUUCCAGUUUGAGCGCACGGGCUUCUUUUCAGUUGAUCCCGACUCUACCUCUGAUUUUAUUAUUUUCAACAAGACCGUUGGGCUAAAGGAAGAUAAGGGAAAGAAUUAACAAUUGAUGUGGGCUACAACAAAUUUUGGUUAAUUUAAUGGUACAGUACUUUGUAACAAUCAGUGGCUGUGUACUAUCACAAGACAAUUUAAUAUCUGCAUAAUGUUAACCAAACCACACACUAGAAAUUGAAGAGACGACGAUGUUUUGGUCCGUCCUGGACCAUUAUCAACUUGAUUGUGAAUAAUAUAUAUAGAUAUACUGUAUAUGUAAUUUGCAUAAUAAUGUGGAAAGCUUAAAAAAAUUGUUUUAUAUACACGACUCAAAAUGUCAAAUCUUUCGGUGCCAGUUUUGAAUAAGGAUAUCUGAAUGUCAUACAAAGACAUUUACAUCUGAAGAGACUUACAAGUUUACAGUAAUAAUUUGACAUUUACCUUUUAUUGAAUACAGUAUAUUAGUAAAUAUUUGUAAUGCCAUGGGUAAAAUAAAAUAUUGUACAUGUUCUUACAAGAAGUUACAAUCUAUUAGCAGCCCUAGAUAAGCACUGACAGUUACUGUAUAAAAUGGUAUCAAAGUAUUGAUGAUAGUUAUACAAUACAGUACUGUACACAGAGCCUUGUCAUGGGUUGGUCUUCCUUCAUGAGCACAACUAAAAAAAAAAUUCUUAAAAAAAAAUUGUGGUGAAGAUGCCUACUGAAUAUACAGGUUAAUGAAAUAUAAUAGAAACGUGUAUUUUAAAGGCCCUAUACAUUUCUACUUAAAUUGAAUUAGAGGUAAGUAUAUGGAACACAAAGCAGUUUCUUAUCCCGCUCCUACACGAGGGAUGUUAAGGUGUCGUUUACGACUUUUGAGGUUGUUGCGGUUGAUAUUUUUGGCCGCCUAUUGAACUAUAUCCAGUCUUUAAAGUGGGUUGUCCAACUGCAUAGUUCUAAAUAUAGAUAAUGGAUAAAUUUGUAUUGGGGUGUACAAUGUUUCCUUGGUGCCUUCUUAGAUUUGAUUUAAAGUAUUGCAUUAAAUUUGUCUGUAUGUCAUCUAAACCAAAUACGAUAUUUAUUGAACUAAAAAUUAUUGGAAUAAUUCCAGAGUUGAGCACCGCGAUAUUUUGUAUUAUAAAUGUUGGAAUAUAUACAGUAUGUACAUUGUAUAUGAACAUGUUUGUUUAUUUUUCAACCAUUUUUGUUUUCAAUCUGAAAAUAUUCUUAAAAUCUUGCCAUCAAUUUCAUUAAAUUCAUGCAAUAUCUUUGUUUCUCAUUGUACAGCCACAAUUCUUUCUUAUUAAAUAGUUGGUAUAAUGUUUCCAGUCAUUCUCAAUAUGUGGUUAAUAUUUUUAUCUUGGUAAAAAUCUAAUUUGAAUAAUAAUCAAUGCAGAAUAUACAAGAAAUCCCAACAGUUGCAUGGGAACAUUCUUAAAUCUUGCGUUACGCUCCUCAUUACGCACAGAUAUAUUUAUCCUAUUGGCUUUUCAAUACUGUAAUUCUUCCAAUAUUAAAGCUAUAUUGUCAUAACUGUAAUCCUAAUUUGCCUUAUUUAAUAACAGAUGUAUCAAUUGUUUUAAGAUGUUUAAAAAUUAUUACAAUUUGUUUUGAUUAAUGCAUAAACUAGGUUUCUACUAGAUAUGCAGUUAAGGUGUUCAAGAAUAUUUAUUUAAACUAGACUGGUUAUAUUUCUGUUGUUCAGUAGACAAAAGCACAGUAUUGUAGUGCAAUAAGCAAGGUUUGUAGUAUAUUUUACUAAGCUGCAAAUUACUUGAAAAUGUAUAAAUUGUAUGGUAAUAUUUUUUAAAUGUGCAUUAAAUUAUUUCUGCAAAGA